AUGUCUUCGAUAAAAGAGGCCGAGGCAGCUUUAUCGCCACCCCUCUCGACAGAAGGCUCCUCGGAUAGAGAUGAGAACUAUGAUUUCUACAAACAGCAUCAGGGUCUGGAAUAUACGCCAGAAGAAGCUAAAAGCGUUCUUCGAAAGAUUGACCUGCGAUUGAUCCCGCUAUUGUUUUUGAUCUACAUGCUUCAGUAUCUGGACAAGAACAGUAUCAACUUUGCCUCGGUAUACGGCUUGAAGACGGGGACUCACCUCAAGGGACAACAAUAUUCAUGGCUGAGCUCCAUUUUCUAUUUCGGGUACCUCAUCGCACAAUGGCCUGCGGGGUUAGCUCUGCAAAAGCUGCCCGUUGGGAAAUUCCUCUCUGUAACAACUCUUGUAUGGGGAGGUCUUCUCAUGACAACGCCGGCAUGCCAUAAUUUCGCCGGAAUCGCCAUCAACCGCUUCCUUCUCGGUGCGGUAGAAGCAGUCGUUAGUCCUGGAUUUGUCCUUAUGAUGGGUAUGUGGUAUACAUCCGAGGAACAACCUCUACGACUGGAAGCAUGGUACUGCACCAAUGGAAUUGCGACAAUGUUCGGAGGGUUAAUCGGAUACGCUGUCGGACACAUCACCACUGGACUUCCAAGAUGGAUGUAUGUUUUUCUCAUCUUUGGAGCGUUCUCUGUCGCAACGGGUAUUGCGGCUCUCAUCUUCCUCCCGGAUCUCCCAUCAACCGCCAAGUUCCUCACUGAGCGUGAGAAAGCUAUCGCGGUGGAGCGUGUUGCGAUUAACCGGCAGGGUGUGAAGAAUCAUCACUUCAAGUGGUACCAGGUCCGACAAGCGGCGCAAGACCCAAAGACGUGGCUUUUGUUUGUCAUGGCAAUUGGAGCGCAAGUUCCAAAUUCGGCUUUGACAAGUUUCACUUCCAUUAUCGUUGGAACCUUUGGAUUCGACACCCUUGGAACACAGUACCUCCAAAUUCCCGGUGGUGCCGUUCAAUUCCUCACUCUCCUUCUUGGUGGUUAUGUCGCAACUAAGUUCGAUGGUAAAUUCCACUCGCGAUUUGCAUGCAUGAUAUUUGCCUGCACGGUGUGUAUCAUUGGCUCAGCGUUACUUGUCGCACUUCCUAAUUCCAACAAAUGGGGUCGUCUUGUUGCGCUUUGGUUGUGUUAUUUCCAAGGCUUGGGCUUUAGCAUGAGUUUGACUAUUGUCAGCUCUAACAUUGCUGGGUACACGAAGAAGCAGGUUACGUCUGCUUUGCUGUUUACUGGCUACUGUGUUGGAAAUAUUAUUGGACCGCAGACCUUUAAGUCUAGUGAAGCCCCUGGUUACCACAGUGCUUAUAUUGCGAUGCUCGCUGGAUAUGCUGUGAAAUUGGCUGCGAUUGUUGCUCUAUACUUUUACAUGUAUCUUGAGAAUAAGCGCAGAGACAGAGAAGCGGUUGAUGGCCAGGAAGUUGAGGCUGAGGGUGUUGAGAAUGGAAUGCUGGACAAAACCGAGAUCGAAAACAAAGGAUUUAGAUACGUUUUAUAA